CACACGAACGAAGCACUCACUCGAGCACGGUUAUACUCCUGGAAUCGUGCAAUUAGUCAGAUGGCGAGCGGCAGCGGGAAGGCGACGGCCUCGUCCUGGGCGGCGGCGAUGAGCGUGGGCGCGGGCACGGUGGAGGCGAUCACGGAGCGGCACGCCGGGCUGUGCCGCUGGAACCACCAGGCGCUCCCGUGUGUCUUCCAGCAGCGCGCCGGCACCUCGGCCGCCGGGAACGGCGCCUGCGGCAAGGGCAAGGCGGCGACCACUGCCGGUGGAGCAACGGCGAGGCAGGAGCAGGAAGAGGAGCUCCGGACUGUGAUGUACCUCAGCAACUGGGGACCCAACAACUAACUAGCCGAUUAGUCAUCAGUUACAGUGCUCUAGAUCUUCAAAGAUGGCUAGACUGGCUCGUGCUAGCUGCACCAGUUCGUGCGUGUAAGGAUGAUGUGAUCUGAGCACGCAUAUUCACUCUCGAGCUCGUGUAAGAGUAAGACACGGUAGCGUGCAUAGUACUACUUCCAUGAUCCGGAAGGAUUUCAGAAAGAAAAGCAUAAAUGGACGUCCCUUCCGGCCUCCUCCAGGCUCAACUAA